AUGGCCUUCGUGCUCUCUCUACUGAUGGCCCUGGUGCUGGUCAGCUAUGGCCCUGGAGGAUCCCUGGGCUGUGACCUGUCUCUGAACCAUGUGCUGGCUGGCACUGAGAAGAACCUCACUCUCCUGGACCAAAUGAGGAGACUCUCCCCUCAUCUCUGUCUGCAGGACAGAAAAGACUUCGCUUUUCCACAGGAGAUGGUGGAGGGCAGCCAGCUGCAGGAGGCCCAGGCCAUCUCUGUGCUCCACGAGAUGCUCCAGCAGAGCUUCAACCUCUUCCACACAGAGCGCUCCUCUGCUGCCUGGGACACCACCCUCCUGGAGCAGCUCCGCACUGGACUCCAUCAGCAGCUGCAGCUGGCUGACCUGGAUGCCUGCCUGGGGCAGGUGAUGGGAGAGGAAGACUCUGCCCUGGGAAGGACGGGCCCCACACUGGCCGUGAGGAGGUACUUCCAGGGAAUCCAUGUCUACCUGAGAAAGAAGGGAUACAGUGACUGUGCCUGGGAAAUCGUCAGACUGGAAAUCAUGAGAUCCUUCUCUUCAUCAAUCAGCUUGCAAGAAAAGUUAAGAAUGAUGGAUGGAGACUUGAACUCACCUUGA